CGGGUUAAUAAAACUUAAUAUAGAAAUUGUAUCGUGUGAAGGUAAAAUCAGCAACAAAUGUAUUUAAAUGACCCGGAAGUAGCUGUUAUUUCCCCUUUCCAAACCGCAACUUCAUUUGCCUGGCGCUGAAGUUUUGAAGACGCGAAGAUCGGAGUGCGGUGAAGACGUAGUGGAAUUUAAAGACAUCGAUUUGAUGAAACUUUGGAAAAGAGGAGCUCUGUUAAAUAAGAUAGGCUAAUUUGCUUUACAUAUUUCUCUAUUAUCACUACUUUGAACGUCAACACCUUUGGCAAAGAUGUCUGUGGCUGGGUUGAAGAAGCAGUUUUAUAAAGCAAGUCAGUUGAUGAGUGAGAAAGUGGGGAAUGCAGAGGGAACCAAACUCGAUGAGGACUUCAUAGAGCUUGAGCGAAAAGCUGACAUAACAAGCAAAGCCAUAGUGGACGUCCUGGGUAGAACAACAGAGUUUCUCCAGCCUAAUCCAGCAUCCAGAGCAAAGCUCUCCAUGAUGUCCUCGGUGUCCAAAAUCAGAGGGCAGCAGCCCCGUAGCCCAGGCUACCCUCAGGCAGAGGGCCUCCUUGGGGAGUGCAUGAUGAAGUAUGCCCAAGAGCUGGGAUCAGGCACCAACUUUGGUGGAGCCCUCCUUGAGGUUGGAGAGUCUAUGAGGAGACUGGCGGAGGUGAAGGACUCACUGGAUAUAGACGUCAAGCAGAACUUCAUUGACCCUUUCCAGACCCUGGUUGACAAGGACCUGAAAGACAUUCAGCAUCACCUGAAAAAAAUGGAGAGCAGGCGGCUGGACUUUGAUUACAAGAAGAAAAGGCAGGGGAAGAUUCCUGACGAGGAGCUGCGCCAGGCAAUGGAGAAAUUUGAGGAGUCAAGAGAGGCGGCAGAGAGUAGCAUGCACAACCUGCUGGCAACUGAUGCUGAGCAGGUUAGUCAGCUGGCAGCUUUGGUGGAGUCCCAGCUGCAGUACCACAGGCAAGCCACACAAGUCCUGGAGGAACUUUCUGCAAAGAUGGUGGAAAAGGUGAACGAGGCCCAGGCCCAGCCUCGUCAGACACGCACCCCUCGGCCCAGGCCUGCCUACAGCUACUCCGAUGAGGGGAGCUCCAACGGGGGCUAUGCUCCUCCCUCCUCUGCUCCACCAUCUUACUCCCCAGCUCCGCCCUCAUUCAACCGAAGCUCCGUGCGUCAGCGUUCUACAGAGCAGCCAUGCUGCAAGGCGCUGUACGACUUCGAGCCCGAGAAUGCCAACGAGCUGGGCUUCCAGGAGGGCGACGUCAUCACCCUGACCAAUCAGAUCGACGAGAAUUGGUUUGAGGGUUCGGUGCGUGGCCAGUCAGGAUUCUUCCCCUGUAGCUAUGUGGAGGUGGUGGUGCCUCUGCCUCGCUGAACAGGGAAGGUAGACAGACAGACAGACAGAGGAAGGGAAAGCGGAGGCGAGAGGAGGCAUGUGAGAGAUAACACUCACAUGUGUGGACCUCCUUUCUGGCCAGCUCCCACUAUCUAAGCAUGCAUGCUAUAUAUCUGCACCUUUCCACAACAAUGAAGUAAAAUGCAAAAAAAAAUUAUAAAAUGAAAAAAAUAUGAAUGUAUCCGUGAAACUUCACACAUGUUAAAUGUGUUUAUUUGGAUUACAUUGGUCACUAGUGGUUGGUGGUUAUGCUAUUUGGAGUUAGUCAUUGCAUAAUAGAAUUCUGCAUUUUGGAUGUUCAGGUGAAAUAGACACUCAUCAGGCUUCCGCUGCUAUCAGUUCCUGUGUAUUUUCUUGGUAGUCUUUAUGGUAGCAGUCCUAUCACUAAUUUACUUUUUAUUAUAACAUAGUAUCUAUGAAUUGACUUCAGCAACUGUGCCAUUCUAUCUCUUGCUGGUUAGUGUUUUUUUGUGCAAAUUACUACCUCCCUCUAGUGGUGGACAUGAGAAUGCAGCAUAGAUAUUUAGAGACACGUUAACUUUUGUGACUCAACUUUUCAGACCAGAUGCAUAAAAGCAGCAAAUACUGCUAUUUUGUAUUA